AAAAAGCCCCAAAACACACGUGAUCGGCAAAGGAGUCGCUGUAGUCCACGACUUAACUCAUGGAUAGAAGUUAAGCCCGCAGAGGACGGCGGAUAAGUCUGGCUGACGUUAAUAGCGACUGCUGUUAUUGACUUUGACGACAGCAGCGACGAUGCCUGUUUGACACGGAGGGGGGAAGCUUUCUGCUUUCAGGUGAUUGAGAAAGGGAAGGGCCUGAAACAUGAUGUCCAUUGGAACUGAUAGCUGACACCGUAGAAUGAGAGAGGAUGGAGCAGACAGGCAACCCUGCCCUUGAGAGCAACAACCCUAAUGGGUUUGUCAACCGAGUGUUUAAUGUUUCUCUGGAUGUGGAGAAUGAGACCAGCAGUGUUUAUAUUCAGGAGACUGGAACAGGGCCUGCAGAGGGGCAGGGAGAGACCCAGGGUGCCUCUUCUCAGACCCCUGUCAAGGACAGACAGGAGGUCAACAGGAGGCCUCGUGCCACAGGGGGCAUCUGGAGGAUCCUGAACCGAAAGCGAGCUGUCUCAGAGCUGGAGAGGAGACCCCACUCCAUGAUCUUGCCAGGGGAGGCUUCCAUCCCGAAACUCUCAUUCGCUGACAAAGUUCGAUCCUUCAAGAAGCUUAAAUCCCCGGCUGUAUUCAGAGGGAAGGCAGGGAAAUUGUCCACUGCAAAGUUUACCAGCUCUUUGGUGGAUGAGGAGUCUUUUUGCCGCGAUAUUGGCACACCUCAGCAGCCCAGUGGUGGCACGCUUAGACAGCGUGGCCAGAGGCAUUCGUAUGCUGGCUAUACAGCACAGUUUGACUGUUUGUUUGAAGACAUUGACCUCUCAACUUCUAUGGAUGGCCAUCAACCCACUGUAACGGGUGAGGCUGUGACUCAGAAUGGCUGCAAACCAUCUGAAAAAGUUUCCUAUACUAAAAGAAGCCACAACAAUUCAGCCAACUGCAACAAAGCUGCUGCAGCUUGUGAAGAACUAAGCACUAGAGAUAGCCCGAGGACCCACCGGAGUGGAGGAAGGAGGCACAAAGAUGUGUGGAGUUACCUGAGGAGGAUUUCCCUUUUGGGGAAGACCAAUCCUGUGUAUUCAGAGAGGAGCUUUGACUCUGAGCUUCCCUCGCUGGACAAAACAAUAGACUCAGACUAUGGCUCUGUGGACUUUGAGAGUGUCAGAGACUUUCAGCCACCUCCCCCAAAACAGUCGGACACCAAGGGGCACUUUGGUGGUCUCUUCAAAUUUUUCAACAACUUUGCAGAGACAGCUAGACGAUGGCGAACAACAUCACGCUCCUUCUCUCCUCCGGAGGGGGAGAAGACUCCGAUGAGCUCCCCACGGGCCCCACAGCGUGCAGUGGACAAUGUACACAGUGUGUCUCUGACACUUCACAAUGAAGGACUUCCAUCAUCCCAGCCUACCCCUUCAUCACCAGUGACUACUAAAUUCUUACACUCCAAUAGCUUUGAUGGUGACACUCCAGCACCUGUGACAGGUGGACGAUCACCUACAGUGGUCCUUAAAGCCUUUAGGCCCUACUCAGGACCUCAGGCUGUCAAUGGCCUUCAGAGUUUUGAAGUUACAGACAAACCUGCUGACAGAGAGACAAACCUCCGGUCCAAGGCCAUAGUAGAAAAUCAUGUCCCUCAUUUAGGCUUAAACACGGAGGCUGAAAGUGAAGCAGAAGUUGAAAGGGACCAAUCAGAUUCUCUCUGUCAAGAGGAAAAUGUAGCGGGACAGACAGGAAAUGAGCAGGAUUCCCAAGAUGCUCCGCUUGACUCCCACCAGAUACAGGAAGUGAAUGUCCAAUCACAACAAGGUGAUAAAGAGAGCACAACCAAUAGCGUACCAGCAUCAGAUUCCACAGAGGAAAUAUUUAAGGCCUUGUCUCGCCCCCCGGGUGUGUCACCGUUAGAGCCCCCACACAGGGCGUCUCUCCAGCGGUGUCGCUCCCUGCCUCUCCCCCCCAGCACUCUCUCUGCAUUGGCCCUGCUCCUGCCACAGUCAGCAGACAUGGGGCAGUCCUCAUCUUCAGUGCGCCUGCGGUCUGGAGGUUCUGGUAGCUGCAGUAGGAGGAGGCUGUUAAGACCUGGGUCAGAACCACUACAGGUCAACAUAUUGAUAAGUGGAGGUUCAAUCGUCAACGCUGAGGCGGUAUGGGACCAUGUGACCAUGGCGGACCGGGAGUUGGCGUUUAAGGCCGGCGACGUCAUCAAGGUGCUGGACGCCUCCAACAAGGACUGGUGGUGGGGCCAGAUUGAUGAGGAGGAAGGAUGGUUCCCUGCCAGCUUUGUACGGGUGGAACCCCACCCUCCUCAGCCCCAAACAAAACAGGUUUUCUAUAUCAACCCCAUAGCAACUCCACGGUUCCAAAACACCACGUCAAAGCUGUGGGUGAACCAGGAAGACGGUGGAGCAGAGCCAGCUGAAGGAACCAGUGAGGUACAGAACGGGCACCUGGAUCCAACCAAUGACUGCUUGUGUCUGGGCUCACCCCUCCAAAACCGAGACCAGAUGAGGGCUAACGUUAUAAAUGAGAUUAUGAGCACAGAGAGACAUUAUAUCAAACACCUCAAGGACAUCUGUGAGGGCUACUUGCGCCAGUGCAGGAAGCGCGUGGACAUGUUUAACGACGACCAGUUAAAGGUCAUCUUUGGAAACAUCGAGGACAUCUACCGCUUUCAGAUGGGUUUUGUCAGAGAUUUGGAGAAACAGUACAACACAGAGGAACCGCACCUCUCUGAAAUCGGGCCGUGCUUUUUAGAACACCAAGACGGUUUCUGGAUUUAUUCAGAAUACUGCAACAACCACUUGGAUGCCUGUAUGGAGCUGAGCAAACUGAUGAGGGAUGGCAGGUACCAGCACUUCUUCGAAGCCUGUCGCCUCCUCCAGCAAAUGAUUGACAUCGCCAUAGAUGGCUUCUUGCUCACGCCCGUCCAGAAAAUCUGCAAAUAUCCACUCCAGUUGGCCGAGCUUCUUAAAUACACCGCACAGGAGCACAGUGACUAUCGAUACGUGGCAGCAGCGCUGGCAGUAAUGCGGAACGUCACCCAGCAAAUCAACGAGAGGAAGAGACGGCUGGAGAAUAUUGACAAGAUCGCCCAGUGGCAAGCCUCGGUUCUGGACUGGGAGGGGGAUGAUAUAUUGGACAGGAGCUCAGAGCUCAUCUACACUGGGGAGUUGUCAUGGAUCUAUCAGCCGUAUGGACGCAGCCAGCAGCGAGUCUUCUUCCUCUUUGAUCACCAGCUGGUCCUCUGUAAGAAGGAUCUGAUACGCCGGGACAUCCUGUACUAUAAGGGCCGCAUUGACAUGGAUCGCUACGAGGUGCGGGACACUAUAGACGGGCGUGACGAAGACUUCAACGUUAGUGUGAAGAAUGCCUUUAAAUUGUGCAACAAAGACAGCGAGGAGAUCCACAUCUUCCUGGCCAAGAAGCCAGAGGAGAAGAUCCGCUGGCUCAGGGCCUUCGCCGAGGAGAGGAAGAUGGUGCAGGAGGAUGAGAAAAUCGGUUUUGAGAUCUCUGAGUACCAGAAGCGACAGGCAGCCAUGACAGUGAGAAAAGUGACCAAACAGAAAGGUGUAAACAGGUGCACGCCCCCUUCAUACCCGCCCCCACAGGACCCCCUCAGUGUGGGGCAGUAUGAGGUAACGGAGGACAUGGCACAAGGAGAGGUUUUUGAAUUCAGUCAAUCCAAAAGAGGCCAGGCUCCUUUCUGGCAGAAUUUUAGUAGAUUAGCUCCAUUUAAGAAAUAGAGAUACACAGACUCUUCCGAUGGACCAGCUAUUUUUCUUAGAAGCACUAAACACUGGAUGAUCAUGUCCCCCCUCCCCCCCAUGAUGAAGAAAAAUACAAAAAAAACCCACACAAACACGAGACUUUGAAGUUAAGGACCAAUGUUAAUAUAGAGUGUGAUUGGAAGCUGCGAGAGGACUGAAGACUUGGAUUUAAAACAAAGAAAAAACGUAUAAAAAAAUAAACACAACUUUACAGUUCAUAUAUGUUAGUAACAUUCUUAGUUAUCAUGCUUCUCCGGCUGAGUCAACUGUCACGAACUCUUCCCCCCUUUCUGGAUAAUCACGCCAUCUGAAUGUCCUGAAGUCAUCGAGAUUGUUACAUGAGUUCAUUUUCAAUCCAUCUUCUGGAAAGAAACACGAGGCCAAGCCAAGUCAUUCCCAGUAGUAUGAUUGUGACCAAAACAAAAAAACAACAAAAAAAAGCUGAGAUCUUGCUGUGCUGCUAUGUGAGAUUGUUUGAUGCAUUCUUCUGAAUGUGAGACGACAACCUCAGCCGAUCGCCGCGGCCUGUGAAGGACCUGCCAAGCUCGGCUGUCAGCCUCACCUCUCAGUUAGCUCCAUCCUGCCACUGAUCACGCACCCAUCAAGCCAUCUCUGCGCUGCUGAUGUCUGCGUCUGGACCUCCUCCUCGCACUCAGAGCUUCAUUCUCUUCUCUGUAGCAGCUUGCAUAUAAUAGCCCCCCCUCUCUCUUUCUUUUCACAGUCUGACAUUAGGUGUUCCCUUCCUUCUCCACAUCCCACUCGUCCUCUCUAUCUCUCCAUCCACCUGCUCUGCCUCUGUGAGUCAGUGGCUCUCAGAGGAAGACUUUCACUCUUUUGGAAACCUGCCAUUGGCCAUGAUGUGAUGAUGGGUCAGGGAACAAAUCAAUAGGCGGAACAUCAAUAGUAUAUUUACAUCCGUUCACCAACCACUCGUGACAGGGUAUUCAUGUCUGAUCGCGCUGAGGGGGUGUGUGCGCGCGCUGGAUUUGGCGGUGAGCUUAGAUGAAGCAGCUGGGAGCAGGAGAUAGGCCGGCUACGGUCCGCCUGCCUUGUGCCACAGCCCCUCUCCCACCCCGCCCUCCCUAGAGACCACCCCUGUAGCACUGUGCUGGCACCUGGGUGGAAAAGAGAAAAAAAAGCACAGCCUACCUCCAGAAAACUAGCGGUAAAAGUGAAGUUGUGAUGCAUUGGCCAAAAGAAUAACAUGUCAGCUGUCAAAGAAAAGACUUCGGUUAAUUGUUUUGUGUCACUCCCACUGUAAAAAAGCACAGCACGUACUCCCGUUUUGAGUAUGAGCAAUACAAAUAUCAACACGUCAGUGUGACCAAUAAGUAAGAAGCCCAUCCAGUAUUCAAGGGGGUGGGGGUGUCUAAAAAAGUGAUAAUGAUUUGUGAAGUGGACCAAAACUAACUGGGGAAACAAAAAAGUCCACUGCAGCAGUGCAAGCCGAUGCCAUAUACGGAGGUAGAAAGGCGAAUUUAAUCUGUAGCAUGCAGGUUUCCUCUGACACAUUCAUACAUCUCUAUAGACUCCAGCUCCAAACCUCUGCUUUCUGCCUCACCCCUCCUCACGUUGCCCCCCUCCCCUCAGAUCUGGCAGUUAGCUCCAGCUCUGCUUAAGUGAUUUCCAAAGGACUGUGGCGUGAUCAGAUUGGUUUUGUUUAAUCAACAAAAAAGUGCGUGAAGCCGUGGUCUGCGAGAGAUCCUAGCAUUAUAGAGUCCUUCAGCAGUAAAAGAGAAGAUCUGAGGAAGUGAAGAGGAAAAUUUUACAUGCAUCGUGAAGACGUAUUCUUUUUUUCCCACACUUGGAAUGUAAGUGAAACAUCUGUCCACGGUUUGUGACCACGUUUUGACCUCAGACACAGGAGUACAUUUUGUGUUGAAUUAUAUCACCAGAUGGACAGUACAUAUACAGUUUGACAAUUUGUGCAAUGUGAUAUAUCAUUCUAUAUCUAUCACUAUUCACUACAGCGUGAUAUGAAAGAGUUAUAUUGUUCUAUGUCAUUUGUUUGCCUUCUUAUAGGCCUUAUAACCUGUUGGAGAAAAAACAGACCUUACAAUUGCUUUGUAUGUUGUAAUUUAUGUUUUGUUUCAGUAAAGGAAGUUGAGAAAUGGGUGAGUUGGCUGCUGGUGUCUGUAGAGAUGGCUCCCAGUGAGAUUGUUUUGGAAGAUAGUUCUCCUGGCUGGUACGGCAAAAAAAGAUAUGGUUCCUAGGCUAUCGUAACCUCAGGUCCCUUGCUAUGGCCCGCCCUGCCAACCCUCCUUGCUCCCUCCAACUCCCUACUUAACACUACCACCAGUACCAACAUACAGAUACAAGCAUGCAGGCAAACACACACACACACUCAAACACACACACUAAUAAUCAUGCUUACUUGCUGGCCCGUUCUGCUGCGGAGAGGAGAGAUGCUAUCUAACAGUGCCUUCCAGCAUUCCACUAGUGAUUAUCUAUUCAGUUUCACAGGCAGAUUUGAAUUAGUCAUGUAUUUUCCCUUCAGUGCAUCUCUCACUCUCUCUUCCGUUCUGUUCCCACAACCCCCGCCCCUUCCCUCAUGCACACUGGGAAUUCCUCGUUCCCCAGUGCACGAGAGCCGCUCGGACAGAAACUUAGGCUACGUUCACACUGCAGGUCUUAAUGCUCAAUUCCGAUUUUUUGAUCAAAUCCGAUUUUUUUGUCUGCUCGUUCACACUGCAAAUAAAAUGUGACAGCAAACGCGCUCUAGUGUGAACCCUCAAAGCGGCCCGCAUGCGCAAAAGAAGACGUCACACACAACGCGCUCUGUUUAGACCCAGACCAAACAAUAUUGUUUGACUGUUUCAGACUUUACACUUCCCAAUUUUGCUUUAAGUUAUAAAGUUAUUUUGUUAUUUACAUAUGGCCUAAUAAUGAUCCUUAUUGCUGUUUUAGAGAGGAGCGGUGCUUCAAAGGAUAGUUGCAGAUUUCUGUCAGAAUCUGCAGAUUAUAAAGUACAAAUAAAAUGUUCACGUUUCUCCAACGUUGUCUUCCCAACAUUUUCACUGACAUCUACACUGGAUGGCCAGGAAGCGUUCGCGAUGUCUUCUCGGGCGCUUCUCCGGCGCUGAUAAUUGGUGUCUGUCUUGUGUUAGUGACAUAAAAGACGGAUUUAAUGCGACAUGACCAUUUAAUUAAUGACCAUUCAGCAGUCGCUUUUUAAAACAUCAGAUAUGUAUCGGAUUCAGUACCACAUACGAAAGUGACCCAGAUCGGAUUUGAAAAUAUCGGAUUUGUGCUGAUCGGAUAUGGGUCGCAUAGGGUCAAAAAAGUCGGAUUUGAUGCGCUUUAGCCUGCAGUAUGAACGUAGCCUUAGAGGUCAGGCCACUUUUUCCAUAUAAGUAGAUACUGUGCUGUUUGAUUGAGACCCAUUUAAAAAUUGAAAGACGACUCAUUUUCAUAUAUUAUCGCACAUUUACAUAGGAGCAGUUUUAUUGCACAUUAGAAAUUAAUUCCAAUUUCAGAUGUUUAGAAGCAUCGACUUCUUUUAUUGUGUAUUUAACACGCUGAAAAACAGUUUAAUUUGAAUAUAUAGUAGGAAGCAGAUUUCCAUUAGUCAACUUAGGUUCGCGUGUCGAUCUAUAUUAUUAAAAGUGAGUUAUGAAUCAAGAGUCAUCUAUUUUACCUUUAGCAGCUACACACUGUAAAUACUGUAAAAAGAACAGAUCAUAUAUUUGGAUAUCGGUAUUUUGCGUUGGAGACGAAUGUUGUUCCAGUUCUAGCGUGCGGUAGAUCUCAGUACCAGGUAAUUGCAUGCUUGUGGCAUCCAAUAUUUUGCAUGAGACUUAAGGCAACACUUAACGAGAUCAUUUAGUUUUGUUUAACUUCCAGUUGAAUCUUCUUUUUUCUUUUUUUCCCCGGCAACACGGAACCAUUCAUUUGUGUGUACCCAUACCAUCUCACUAAAGGGAGUUCUUUUCUCUGUCCACCUGUCUCCUGCUCACUUGGUAUUACAGGUUGUAGCUUCUGUUUUUUGUAUUACUAUUAUUAAUAUUAUUAUUAUUUAUUGACACAUAAAAGGGGAACAUCUUUUCUUGAAUUAAACACUGAACUGCUGAUAGGGAAAAUCAAAGGCACUGAUGUUCUCUUAGCCCAGAUAUGAUGGGUACUAUAAACUCUAGCAUCAUUUUAAACCCACACUGCUAUGCUACAGACUGCUGGUUAAUAUUUUUUUCCUAAAUAUAUGACUUUUUUUGGUUUGUUUUAUUUUUUUGUGGAAUGCCAUUAUGUGCAGAGGCAAAACGGGUAAUCAUUUUUCUACGACAACAGUGAACCAAAUAUGAGUUAGCACUGAUCUUGGGUGUUUGUGUAUAGAUUUAGAGCUGAAUAAAUUCGAAACCUCUUGGGACGGGCUAAAAAAAACAUAAUCCUGAAGAGACACACACACAGUAUUUCAUAGCUGUUCAUAUCACACUCUUGUUCCUUUUAAGUACAAUGACUUGGCAUUACAAAGCAGUUCCUCGCUUGUAUUUAUUGACAGCAGUAUUAAACAGUACCAUUUUGGCCACAUGGUUUCAAUGAUGUAUAUACGCUGGUUUGAGUUUUCUUAUAAAGCUAUCAAUCUGACCUUGUGCUCCGAGCUGAGAGGAUAGCCUUCUGUGCAAAUUUAUUUCUGUUUUUUCGCUUUCUCUUUCCAGUCAUAUAACCAAGGCAGCCAAGUUAGUUGAAUGCAUCAGAAGUUGCACAGAUUUAUGUAAUUCCUUCUAGUCCAGGGUGAGCCAGUAGGCGCGUUCACUCACAGUUAGCAUAGCAACAUCUUCAGUAGGAACUCCUUGGAGUCGGUUAUGCAGUCCCGUGCUGUUCCAGAAUAGUCAGGGUAAAAGUCUUCAAUGAGCCAUAUGCCGAUGUUGGUGUUCAAUGGCAACAAACAGAAGACUGACAUCCCACAUUUGGACACUAUUCAUUGUAUAUUACCAUCUGGUUUCAGGGUUUGGUUUGGGAGGGGGGGUGUCUGGAUUUUUUUUCAAGUGAAAAAUGUACUCACAGAAUCCAUAUCCUUUGUCAUCAUAUGCAAACAUUUGUCAUUUUCUUUCUUGCUGGCUUUUGAGUUUGAUUAUUUGUUGUAGAGAUGAAAAACCUGAAAAAUAAUGCCUAUUCAAUCCAGAAACUGUGAAUGGGAGAGUGGAAAUGUCAACUGUAUGUACAUUAUAUGUUUUGAUGUAAUCAGAAGCACUGGGAAUAUGUUGUACUUUGCUGUAAAAAAAAAUCAAUCCAUAUCUGAUAUAGCUGUACUUUUUGUUGAAAAUAAAACUACAGAACUGCGGGGGGGAGGGUUCGAGGCAUCAGUCUGUGAGUGAGAGCAUUGUGC